AUGCCGGCACCAGAUUCCUCUCCUCCUAUAGCCUAUGAACUUUCCGACGAAAUUCACAACUCUGGAUUUCCAGAAAGGACCGUGACUCUUCUUAUUGUGAAGAAGGUGCGUUUAUUUAUCCUAAAUAAAUCACUCGAAUUUUAUGGAGAUAUGAAAGUUUCUUCGUUCAAAGUAAUUCCUAGAAUAGCGACUACGUCAGAGAUUUCGAGCUGGUCAUCAACUUGCAAACCAAACAUAACUCAGUCUUGCGAGAUAAUGUCUAUGGAUGACAUUGUUGAAACUGGGCUUGCUCAAAUUAUCAUUCCCUCUGUCUGUGAUGAUGUGGACGAAUGUGCAAAUUCCCCAUGUGGUACCCACAAGUGUAUAAAUAUACGUGGUGGAUUCAAGUGUGAGUGUGAAAAGGGAUUCACUGGCAGUCAAUGUGAUAUUCUAAUCGACCGUUGCGAACAAAGCUUGUGCCAGAACAAUGCAACAUGUGUAAUGGGGAAUUCCAAUUAUUCAUGUCAGUGCCCUAAUGGAUAUAGUGGAGCUUAUUGUCAAGUAAGAGCAGUUGACGGAGCGUGGUCUGAUUGGUCUGGUUGGACGGGUUGUUCAAAAACCUGUGCUAAUGGUAUACAGGCACGGACAAGAAGAUGUGACAGCCCACCACCUAAUGCACAAGGCAAGGACUGUAACGGGAAUAGCACUGAAACAAGAAUGUGUAAAAUGGAAACCUGUCCAGAGUGUCUUCCCCUUUAA